CUUUCAGACUCGACCACUACUCGCCCUGUGCAGCUCUAUUGGUACUCCUUUGCGAUUGGUCGUCAAACGGACCUCCAACGCCCAGCAAAAGCAGUCCGAGGCAUAUAUGGCUGCGCCAACCUACAGUCACCCUUCACAUCCGCAGACCUUCCAUGGAUCAGCGAUAGCCGCUGCUCCAAACAUUCCAGCGGGCACAUUUCUGCCAGGAACACUGAUUACAAUCGCUAUCUAUCUGAAGGCUGGCGGGUUUGCUCAUGUAUACCUCGUUCGACUUUCGAGGCCCGUGGAUGGAUUGGAUGUGGCUGUUUUGAAGCGGGUUGCUGUUCCCGAUAAGGAGGCUCUUGCUAGUAUGAGGACUGAGGUGGAGACAAUGAAGCGACUAAAAGGUCAUCGGCACAUUGUUACCUACAUCGACUCACACGCAUCGCAUUUGAAAGGCGGCGGAUAUGAGGUGUUUUUAUUGAUGGAGUAUUGUGCAGGAGGGGGGUUGAUUGAUUUCAUGAAUACUCGAUUGCAGAAUCGGCUUACGGAACCCGAGGUCCUCAAGAUUUUCGACGACGUGGCAGAAGGUGUUGCUUGUAUGCACUACCUCCAACCUCCACUUCUCCAUCGGGACUUGAAGGUGGAGAAUGUUUUGAUAGCUUCGCAUCGGGGAUAUAAGUUGUGCGAUUUUGGAUCUUGUGCACCUGUCCGAGCUGCUCCGCAAUCGGUCACAGAAUGCCGAUUGAUGGAGGAGGAUAUUCAGAAGCAUACAACUCUUCAAUACCGGUCUCCGGAAAUGGUCGAUGUAUAUCGGAAGUUACCAAUUGAUGAGAAGUCAGAUAUAUGGGCACUUGGCGUUCUUUUGUACAAGCUCUGCUACUACACGACGCCAUUCGAAGACCAAGGGCAGCUGGCAAUUCUAAAUGCUUCCUUCAAGUUUCCUUCGUACCCUCCUUUCUCAGACCGCAUUAAGAAGCUUGUUGGGUCAAUGCUCCGUGAAUCGCCUCAGCUGCGGCCCAAUAUAUAUCAGGUUGUCCGGGAAGUGUGCUUGAUGCGUGGAAAGGAAAUACCAAUUAAAGAUAUCUAUUCCGAUCGUGCCGCACAGAAGGUUAAAUCAGUCGAGAAGCCAGUGCUCCCUGUUCAACUGCCCCCCAGCAUUGUUGCAUAUCAGGCACCUCUUCCACCGCAGAGUCAAGCCAUUCCCGAUAUCACUCCCAUGAGACGUGGAAGGCCAACUAAAAGCCCGGCAGUGCAUUCUGCCGCUACUUCUAGGACCAGAGUAGCAGAUCCGUCGCCACAAAUGAGGCCGAUAUCUACAGAUCCAUUUGCUGCUCUGGAUUCGGGUCCUCCGGAAGCUAACCAAGAUGAACUCUCGAAUCGGUUCCCUAGUGUGGAGCAAUUCUCUUUGCUGCAUGACUACGGAAGUAAGUUUGAAUUUAGUGAAUUGUCACCUUCGGCACCGGAAGCCCCGAAAAAGGAUCUCAAUACUAGAUUGACAGAGAGGUUGGCAGAUGACGCUUUUGCGCCUACGACUCAGCCUUCUCCACUAAAGCUGGCGAGCGCAAAGUUUCCAGAAAGCGUGUCACGGGGUGUCACCGGGAGUGGGAUGUCGGGAUGGCCAACUCUUUCGGAGCCUCAGCCUACCCGGCCUCCCAUGAUUUCUACUGGUACGAUGACUUCCCCAGCGUCUUCUAGAUCGCCAUCUCCGGUCGGGCCUACUAGUAGUAGGCCGUUGGAGCAAGGUUCGCAAGCCUUGCCUGCAGCGUCUCGACUUAAACCACGAAGGCCAUCCGUACUCGAUAUAGGCCGCUCCCUAGCACAUACGCAUACAGUGGCUAUGUCCAGGACUCCUAGUUCCUCGAGACAAUCCCUCGAGAUCCAUCGUCCGGCAUCUGCUCUUGAUGUUGCUAGUCCAAAUGCUAUGAAUCGUUCUGUAUCCGCAAACUCCAAACCACGGCCGACUAGUGUUUACAUCGAUUCUAACCUAGAGUUCCUCCGAGAUUUGGAUUCUGCCACUACCCAGGCUAGUAUGGGGCCACCAACUAGUACCUUUGUACAGCGGAGUAUAACUGGGCAAUCCAUAAAUUCUCAGCGUUCCGAGCAUAUCGAAUCUAAUGUAGAUUACCUCCGAGUAAUGGAGACUGAAUCUGAUGCUAAGCCAGAAAAGCGUAGUUCAAGCGGAGGAUUUGUUGGGAAACAUGUCAAACGCGCUAGCAUGCCUUCAAUAUCACUCCCGAAUACCAAGAGCCUCCUGGUCGGCAAAUUUGGUGAUGCGUUCCGGAGAUUCGAGCGUAAUACCACUGGCGGCGCGGGAGGAGGGGAUCGUCAUGACAGAGACCAUACCCCCAGCCCUAACAUGGACCAUGCGUUAAUGCCGACCAUUAGCGGAAGCCAAGCAACUUCGGAAAUUGGUGAUGAUUGGGAGGUUAGCAGUCAGGACGUGCCGCCAGAGAUGAAGAGGGAGCUGGAGAAACGCCGACUGUCGCAGGAGGAAAGGAGGGUGGCUGAUGCGGCGGCGGAAUACAAGCGGCAGGUGGCCGAUCGUGUUCCUGGUGAAGGGAGCUCCGGGAGACCCUCGAGUUCAAGAAGCAGAGCAAAUUCGAUCCAGAACAAGGUUAAAGCGCUCCUCAGUGAAAAUCACCGUGCUCCAGCUCCUAAGACGGCGGAGGGCUAUGGCCGAUUCACUGACGUUCAACAGCACCAACAAGCGUAUCCCGUCGACCGGGCCGGGGGCCGGGUGGGGGUUUCCGAGAAACCUAAGGUGGAUGGGCAUAUUCGAACUAAGCAGUACUAUAGGGAUGGGGGAAGCAACGCCUAUCGACCGGGUGCUUCUGAUACUUCACGGGCCAAAGAACCUACCAUAGAGAUUAGACCGGUCUCUAGCUCCUCUGGCGGCAGUAGAGUCCUCCGGAAACCCAUCGCUCUGUUACCCAACACCGCCACGUCCAUAUUAUCAACUUCCCCAACCUCAGCAAGCCGCCCGGAUCCACCUCCAAAACCGACGAAACUCCGCGGUAGCUCGCCGGUCCUACCACCACAAAUUUCCCAGCAACAACAGCAAAGAAAUAGCGAGGGGGGUAUGAAGGGCAACGACGGAGCAGACGAAGACUGGCAGAGAAACUUUGCAAAGCGAUACCCCAGCCUGUCCGGUCUAGAGCUUGUGGAAACGGUGGUUGGGCCCGGGCGGAAGGUCUAGCUCGAUGUUGGGCUGGGUGCGGCAUUGUAAUAUAUCCUCAGUUCUCUCUUACACACACACUCCAAUGCGGCGGUAGGGUGGGUGAGAAGGAAGGAAGAGGGAAAUUAAAGCCUUUGUUUAUCACAUUUAAGGGUUUUUUCGUUUCUUUUCCAUUGCCUUGCAGUUUUCUGUUUUCGUCCCCUUUCUUUUACCAUUAUCGUUGCCACGCACUCCAUUAAAACUUAGCCAAAAAUGAUAUCCUGGGAGGUAUUAUUCUAGUAUGGUAUUUCCUCUUUAUUUUUAUAUAUAUUUCCCUUUUCUGUUCAUUUGUAGCACGAGUCUGCCUCUCGGUCAGUCUGUUCAUCAGCAGUCAUGGCAUUGCUUCUCUCCUUUCCCGGCUCGUUUGCACUUAUGAUACUUCACCUACCUAGAUAAACCCCCCCCCACCCCCCCCCGUCGUCAUGUACGUUUUAUGUUGAUUUUGUGCGACGAUUAUUCACUAUAGAUGUUUAGCUGUUCUGUUCAUUUUCUUUCCUUCUCUCCUUCGUUACAUUACCUGAAUGAAUGUUUCGUGUUAUGCUUGUUAUUGUUGCGUUGGUGAGGGCGUGAUAUGAAUUUUUCCUCUCGAAAUUAUUGGUUCAUGGGGUGUCACUCGGCUAGUGGGUUGGCUGGAUUGUUUGGGUGCGGAGCGACAGGUGUGGGAGGGACUGGGUUUCCCUGUGUUGGGUUGUAUCUGGGGGGGGGGGGCAUGCUUACGCUGCAGUGUGCUGGUGCAGUCUCUGCUUGCCGCGUUUGCCUUGAGUUUACGAUCUGUGGGGAUGAUGUGGAAGAGGGGGGGGUUAAUGAAUGGAUGGAUGGAUAGCUUAAGCUAUGAUACUCGGAUAUUAUAGGUGUUUGUAAUGAACAAAGACCUAGUCGCAGAA